CGCGGGCUACCCAACGUCUACAGAGCAGUGUACUUGGCCGGUCGCACACGUGGGCAUCGCCUUUCGAACGGCUUUUUUUCGCCACCAAUUUCUCCCGCGAAAGUUCCUCCGGUCGUUCGAAAAGAGACAUUUGUUUAAACAAAAAGGACUUUGCUUCCUUUUGCCGGCAGCAGUUCUAAUUUAUUGCUGCCCCCGAAAUAGGUGAUAAGUGAGUUCAUGUGUAUAAACAAGUGAAACUCUCCAGGUGCUGUAACUCUGUCGCAUUUUGUCACACGUUGGUGUACAUCUUUUUCUUCUGCUGCAUUCACAAGUGCGAUUUAAUGAGUGCUACAGUUGCUAACGAGGAAAUCGUCUAAUCAUGUCACCUACCAUCUCAAAGAUAUUGACUGGUAACAGGAGCAACGUGAAUUGCGAGAAAAAUCGUGACGUAGAGAAGGGUGAAGUCCAAACCGACGCGGCAGGCCUCCCAUCGUCGAACUGUUCACGGCCGACGUCUUCGUCGCGUACGUCGACGUCGGCCGAGAGCAGGGUCGAGCCGGAGGACCAAUUCAGAGUCGAACCUAAUGUGACCAGCGUAGAAGUGGAAGUGGAAGUCAGCCCGAACAAUGAACCGGCGAUAAGAGCGGGGACAGAGACGACAACAAUAGCUAAGACGAGGCCGCGGACGGGAACAGGAACGGAAACCCGCCGCGGCGAGUCCAGUCGGUGGAAGGCAGUCGGCCGCCUGCUUCGCCGCUUGGCGCUCAUCAUGUUUCUGCUGGCGAGUAUAAUCGCGUGCAUCACGCUGCUCGCGAUUUACGCGGGUCCCAUCUCCAUCAUCCAGCUCCUCGUUGUCAUCCUCGUAGCCUAUCUCGUCUCCGGGGGACGAUUCCGGUGGUUCUACGUCGCGUUCAAAACCCUGCCGAGGGACACAAAAGCCUUGUUUGGGUAUCUCAAAAUUUUGCUCACUAUACGUGGCCAUGCGAGGAAGGAUAGGAUCGUCGCUGACGUGUUCCGAGAAUGUGUCAAGCGACAUCCAAACAAAAUUUGCUUUAUCUACGAAGAUGAAGAAUGGACUUUCCAACAGGUAGAGGACUACAGUAAUAAAAUUGCCGCCAUCUUUAAGAACCAUGGCUACCGUAGGGGUGACCUUGUUGGUCUACUUUUGGAGAAUCGGCCAGAAUACGUCGCAAUUUGGCUGGGACUGAGCAAACUAGGAAUAAUAGUACCACUAAUCAACAUCAAUCUUCGGAAAACUUCUCUUCUGCACAGUAUAAAUAUUGCUGAAUGUCAAGCGCUUAUUUAUGGUGCAGACUUUGUUGAUGUCGUGUCCGAGGUUGUGGGCUCCCUAGACCCUAAAUUCGCACUAUACAGGCUCGGCGAAGUACCAAACAGUACUGUAGCAAAGCUUAACGACAAAGACUUGACUGCCCUAAUGGCUGAAGUAUCCGCAGCUCCACCGGUUCUGCAAGAAAAACCAUCUUACAAAGACAAAUUGCUGUAUAUUUUUACAAGUGGUACAACUGGGCUUCCAAAAGCUGCAGUCAUCACGAAUGAUAGGUUUAUGUUUAUAGCUACUGGGAUUUUUAUGAUAGCAGAGUUCAAAAGCACAGACAGAUUUUACACGCCCAUGCCUCUUUACCAUACUGCAGCUGGUGCAAUGACAGUUGGUGCAGCUGUUUUACAUGGUGCAACGGUGGUUAUCAGGAAAAAGUUUUCAGCGAGUGCCUACUUUCCUGAUUGCAUUAAAUAUAAUUGUACAGUUGGUCAAUACAUCGGAGAGAUGUGCAGAUACAUUUUGGCAGUGCCUCUGAGGCCGGAAGACAAGAAACAUAAGAUUAGACUGAUGUUUGGGAAUGGUUUGAGGCCACAAAUAUGGCCUGAGUUCGUCGAACGCUUUAACAUUCCAAGAGUUGCCGAGUUUUAUGGAGCAACCGAAGGAAAUGCUAAUAUUGUAAAUACUGACAAUACAGUUGGAGCCAUUGGUUUCGUAUCUCGCAUUAUUCCAUCGUUUUACCCUAUUUCUAUUUUAAAAUCGAAUUCCGAUGGGGAGCCCAUAAGAAAUGCAAAAGGUUUAUGUCAAACAUGUGAACCGAAUGAACCAGGCGUAUUCGUUGGCAAGAUCAUUCCCAACAACCCAUCUAGAGCAUUUUUAGGAUACGUAGAUCAAAAAGCAUCGGAAAAAAAAAUAGUUCGCGAUGUGUUUAAAAAAGGAGACUCAGCAUUUAUAUCCGGUGACAUUUUAAUAGCGGACGAGUUAGGAUAUUUAUACUUUAAGGAUAGAACAGGCGAUACUUUCCGAUGGAAAGGUGAAAACGUGUCCACGUCCGAGAUCGAAGCUAUUAUUAGCAAUGUUAUUAAUUAUAGAGACUGCAUUGUGUACGGAGUCGAGAUUCCAGGAGUUGAGGGAAAAGCUGGAAUGGCAGCAAUAUACGAUGAGAACAACUCGUUAGACAUGAAUAAAUUAUCAGUCGAUUUUAAAGACAACUUAGCAUCUUAUGCUAUCCCCAGAUUUAUUAGGAUCUUAACGAAAAUUGACCUAACAGGUACAUUUAAAUUAAAAAAGAAAGACCUUGUUGUGGAAGGUUACAAUCCUAACAGCACAAAAGAUAAACUAUACUACUUGAGUGAAAAAUCUGGUUACCAGUUGUUAACCACAGAAGUCUAUGAACAAAUUCUAGAAAGGAAAAUUCGCUUUUAAGUCAAUGAUGACGGGAACAAUUUUCAACUUUUUCUAUGCAUCACCAAGAAAGGAUUUUUGUCCUUGAUUUAAAGGAAUUACUUAUUACGAAAGUAUUUUCUUAUAGCGAUUAAAUUAUUCUUCUUAUUUUUCUAAUAUAAUUUUUGUAUGAGCUUAUAACGCGUGAAAUUCGAUAACAAAACGGUAUACGAACUAUAUUGCAUCGAAAUAGGAAUGAGGGAUUUCUGGUUCGAAAAUAAAUGAACGUGAUAUUUGAAAAAUUAUUGUUAUUAAAAAAUAACGCGGGAUUUUAAUGCUCGUUGAAAAAGUUACCAUUUUAUUCUAAAGCUAGAAAUCUUUCAUUCUUCAAAUACAUCACAUUUUAUAAUGCAAAUGAUAUUUAAAGAAAGUUGUUUUUAUACAUAGAGGAGUCUACGUGAAAGCAUUCUGUAGAUAAAAAUUGAUUCGUAUGAAAUGAUAGCUCUUGAAUGUUCUAUAGCACAAAGAGUGAAUAAAUACGUAUUUUAUAAAUUGGAUAGAAUUUUUAGUUUUGAAUCUAGGCGAUGUUAAAGAUGUUAUACUGUUAUUUAUAUAUUUUAAACGAACAUGUUGUUGUUAACGGUGUUGUCGUACAGUAUAUUGAACAAUUUUAUCUGUAAUAAAUUUCAUAACGAAAUGUGAGUCGAAAUAUGUAUUUACUGUAACGAAACAUUCCGUUAUUAGUUUCAUUCAACGCAUCAUUAUAGGUUUUUUGUUUCUAUCAUAAUUAAAGUUUCAUUAAUUCGACGAAUUUUCAUGAUAGCAAAACAUUAGUGACGAUAUAGAAAGAUAACAAAAAAUAUUUAUUGACGUAUGUAUGAAUAUCUAGUGGUCGUUAAAUUAGUCAAAACAACGAAGAUACUUGCAUAUUUAAAACAACAUUUCGAGACAAAGGUUUAAAAAUAAAAACACUACAAUAUUUCGUGUCAAAAAUCAAAAUUUUUUCGUCAACAUAACAAUUCUAUAAAGUACUUGCAAAUAAAUAUUUUACAUAUUUAAUAAAAAAGAUUUUAUAUUAUACCUAUAUGUUCAUGAAUUGUAUACAUGUAUCAGUUGAUACAAUCGUUGUAUAAAUUCAUAUUUUGUAACAUUUAA